UCACUGCCGUUGUCAACUCUGCCAUUUUAUGUGCACAUUGCUCUUCCACUAUGAGAAGACCAAGAGUAUUGCACAUCUGUCUGGCUUUCUGUAGCCUUCUGCUUCUCAACGGUGCCAUACAAUGUUUGGCCUUCCCCAGAGUGGAGAGAAGGGAGAUAGCGCAUGUUCAUGAAAAUAGAGAGCAGCCUGAGAGGAUAAACACGGAUGACCUGGAAAAUACCUCCAUUGCUUCAGAGGGCACUCCCCAGCCCCUGGUCUCUGAAGAUCCAAUGAUAGUGCUAGCUGGACCAUCAGCAAUGCCAUUAAAUAAAGUAUCGCCUAUUGACAAAGAAGCCCAUUCUACAGGAGCUGGGCUCAUGCAGCCUAAUAGCCCUGGUGUCGACACUGCUACGGAGCCAGUGGUCCCAGCAGGGGAAGAAGUGGUUGGUUCCAGCCAGCCAGAGAGAACGUCUCCUGAAAGCCUGCUUCCCAAGGCCAUGGUGACCAGCCCUAUCAUGGCAGCUGGUUCUGGGAAUGUGGAUGAGAAGGAGGAACUCUUUAGUAGUACCAACGCUGAGCCCACUGUAGAAGGGACCGCCGAAGCAACACAAGGUUUUCUGAAGUCUGCGGACAAUCAGUUGUUUACCACUGAAAGUCAGGGAGGCGUUAGUCUGGGACAUUCACCUUCAUCCUCCGUGAACACUAACAAAAUACUAACCACCAAUCCAAGGACGGAGAAAUUUGAGGCAGACGCAGAUCAGAGGAUAACUUCUUUUCCUGGGGCAGAGCCCAUCGCAGGCACCGAGCCCGGAAGCCUCAAGUCUGAUAGGGAGAAGCCUUCGCAGAUGACAGCUGGUAAUACCCAGGCGACUGCCACCACCCCCGGGCUUGCAACCUCCGAGUACAGCCUGGGUGUUGAGGCAGAAACUGACAGCCUGCUGGGAGCCCCAGAAGUCACAGAGAGUGUCAGCACAGCUGUCCCCGCGGCCUCUGUCCUAGGCGAUGAGUGGGAUGACACCAAAUUAGAGAGUGUAAGCCAGAUAAAGACCCCAAGGCCUGGAGGCAAUACAGAGACUCCGAUGAGAAUGGACACGUCUCCGACAGCCCAAGUAACCCCUAAUGGUGUGGGAGGCGUGGAAGGGGACGAAGCUUUGACAGAGGCUGCACAGAUGGGUCUGGGGCUGCCUAAAGGGGAAACACACUCUGAGACAGCCCUGCCAAUAGCGCCUGGGGAGGGGAGGUCAUCUGCCUUCACCGAUCAGAUUUCCUUCACUCCCACAAGUCUGAUGGAAGAUACAAAAGUCUCUGUUGUGAACCUGUUUCAAAACACUGCAGACUCCAUGGAAUCCACCACGGAAAACGAUGCCCUGUUUUUCUUAGAGACCACUGUUCCCAUCUCAGAAUAUGAGUCUGAGGCUUAUCAACCCCUGAGAAAUGCAUUUAAAGACACCAUCCGUCCAGAGCUGACGACGGCUGUUGCAGAGGCAGCAGCCACUUUCUCAUUGGUGACACGGGAGCCGCAGGUGUCUCCCCUCCAAGUGAGCAGAGGAGAUGGGGAGACCGAGGAAGGAAAAGAGGUCCCCGCUGCCGCGUCUGACGUCCCCGGAGUUACUCAGCUGUCGAGAAGAUGGGAGCCUCUGGCCACUACAGUUUCAACUACAGCUGCGUCUCUGUCUUUCGAAGUUACCCCCGCGGUGGAAGACCUCAUGGACACAGUCACAGGGCCAAAAGAGGAGUUGUUCACACCAGUUUUGGGCUCUCCAGUGACACCCCCUGGAAUAAUGGAGGAGGCACCCAGCAUCGCCCCAGCACUCUCUGAUUCUGAGGCAUCCUCGGAGAGAAGAACCGUUGUUCCCUCCGUUAGCCGUGUUAACACAGCUGCCCCGUAUGGCCUGGACCAACUUGAAUCUGAAGAGGGAGAAGAAGAUGAGGAUGAAGAGGAUGAGGAGGAGGAGGAUGAAGAAGAGGAAGACGAGGAGGAAGAUGACGAGGAUAAAGAUGCAGACUCCCUGGAUGAGAGCUUGGGUGGUGACACUGAGCUGCGUGGGUUCACUCUCCCUGGCGUCACCUCCCAGGAGCCUGACUUAGAGCAGGAAAGCAGGGACCUUCUGGAGGGAGUCACCUACCAGGUGCCAGACGCCCUCGAGUGGGAGCAACAGAAUCAGGGCCUGGUGAGAAGCUGGAUGGAAAAACUAAAAGACAAGGCUGGCUAUAUGUCCGGGAUGCUGGUGCCUGUAGGGGUGGGGAUAGCGGGAGCCUUGUUCAUUCUGGGAGCGCUCUACAGCAUUAAGGUGAUGAAUCGCAGAAGGAGAAACGGCUUCAAAAGGCACAAAAGAAAGCAGAGAGAAUUCAACAGCAUGCAAGACCGAGUAAUGCUCUUAGCUGACAGCUCUGAAGAUGAGUUUUGAAUUGGACUGGAAUUUAAUCGGGAUAGUCAACCAUGUUAUUAUUAUUAUUUUUCAUUUGGGGGCUAAAAAGAGAACAUCCCGCCACAUUGCUGCUGCCAGGCCUUCGGUCUCAUGAUCUGCCGAGUAGCGGAUUUGUCUUGCUCUGAGCAGGAAAGGCAUGCUGUAUACUAAAUGUAUCAUGCAGUGUUGGUUCUAAUUCUGUAGUGAAUUUUCCACAACCACGGGCCACAGCUCGUAAAUAUGCAGGGUACAUGUUGUUCAGUAGGAGUUGCUAGGUUAGGUAGAGUAAACCUUUUGUAUUUUUCCACAGUGUCUUCUCCUUGGUUUGGGUUACUUGCACUAAGUAUAACAAUUAUUGCUACCAAGGCAUGCUUAACUCUGAAAUAGAAAUCUUGAACAAAGAGUAACUUGUGAUGACUGUACUCUACCUACUUGAAGCCAUAGGCUUGUGGGCCAUGGUACCCACCACAUUUGCAUCAAAACUAGCAGCAACUUGGAAUGCAAUCUUUUUGUUAAGAAAAUCUUUCAGCACACGAGGAUUAUAUGUAGAUUUGUAUGUAUCUUGCAGUAUGUAUUUCAGUCUCCCAGUUUUGUUAUUUUUUUCCUCUUGCUGGUUUAUUCUUAUUCUUGGCAAGGAAAAAAUACACCAUAAAUAAUACAUUACAUUGA